UGCAAACUGUAAAUGGUUAUUUAAUACAGUCAGAUUUAGGACCAUAUUAUCAGUGACUUAAAGUAAAAAAAUGAUUUAGUCCAGUUUUUGCUACUUAUUACCAUAUAUUUGCUCUGUGUUAUUAUAAUAUAUUGUGAUAUGUGAGCAACAAAUAACUUCCCUUGUAGAUCAGUAAAGUUUGUCUAAGUUUUAAGUUGUUUUCAUUUAUCUGUCUUAUAAUAUUAAUUUAGGACUAUAAUAUAAAUACAUAUACAAUUGCUGUAUGAAACACUUAUUUAUUUUUAUGCACCUGUUUCUCCCAGUUUACCCAGAGGAGUUUUUGCCGACCUAUCACAGUAUUAAAGAAGGGGCUGUAGUGGUCAAAGCAACAGAGGUUGAAUUUAACGGCAAAAAAGACACACUUUUCUUUAAUGAUGGCGUUCGAAGGAUUGACUUUAUCCUGGUGUAUGAAGACGAGGAUAAGAAAGAGUUUGAGAAGAGGCACAACGCUGCAAGACGCAAGAGACGGAGACAGUAUUUUGAAGCCAGUCUAAUGAAGAUGGGGAUGGAGCUGGAGGCCACACGAUCUGUUGUGGAUGAGAAGCUGAUGUUCCUUAAAAUCCACAUGCCCUGGGACGUCCUGUGCACAUACGCUGAGGUCCUCCACAUUAAACUGCCCAUCCAGCCCAAUGACCUGUCCUGCCGCCCAUCUCUGUGGAAUUAUCUCUCUUGUGUCACCAAAGCAUUUUACCCAGACGAAGACCUAAUCAGCAAAGAGACAGAGUACUUCACUGCUCCAUUUGAGAAGGCCCGUCUGGAGUACUUUUACAUUAAAGACAAGGACAUGUUUUUUACACCGUCCAUGAGGAGCAGGAUGGCAUUCUACAUUCUGAGCCGUGCACCCUAUGAAAUACGAGGGAUCGUUAAGAAGUUUGGCAUCACUAAACUCUUGGACGGUGGCGUGUACAAAGCUGCUUAUCCCCUACAUGAUUGUAGGUUUAAUGUAAAGUCCACUGAAGAAGAUUGUCCCAACGAGAGGUAUCUUUUAUUUCAAGAAUGGGCUCAUCCCAAAAGCUUCUACAAGAUGCAGCCUCUAGACUUAAUAAGAAAAUAUUAUGGAGAGAAGAUUGGUAUUUACUUCGCCUGGUUGGGAUUCUACACGAUAAUGCUCGCUGUGGCCGCUGUGGUGGGACUCGGCUGUUUCAUUUAUGGAUACAAGACACAAGAAACCAGCACCUGGAGUAAAGAGGUUUGUGACCCUGAUAUCGGAGGGCAGAUUGUGAUGUGUCCACAGUGUGACAAACACUGCAAAUACUGGAGGUUGAACAGCACGUGUGAGGCUUCAAAGAAACUUUGUAUAUUUGACAAUUUUGGAACACUAGUUUUUGCAGUUUUCAUGUCUAUAUGGGUGACCCUCUUCCUGGAGUUCUGGAAGCGUUACCAGGCGGAGCUCGAGUACGAAUGGGACACGGUUGAGUUUCUGGAGCAGGAAGAGCCACCUCGCCCGGAAUACGAGGCCAAAUGCAUCUAUGAACAGAAGAACCCUAUCACCGGGGUAAAAGAAAGGGUGCCUUAUUCAACAUGUGGAAAAUGCAUGCGUUUAUCAGUAGGAAUGGGAACUGUGUUGUUCUGGAUUAUGCUGAUUAUCGCGUCAGUUGUUGCAAUCACCAUCUAUCGGCUGGCUGCUUUCUUCGCCUUCUCCACCACUCUCCGCACAGAAGACCUCAAAGAGCUGGAGCCACUGAAGGAGUAUGUGACGCCCCAAAUGGCCACUUCUGUUACUGCAUCUCUCAUCAAUUUUGUCGUUAUAAUGAUCCUAAACAUGCUGUAUGAGCGAGUGGCCAUCUGGAUCACUGACUUUGAGCUUCCUCGAACCAGAACAGAAUAUGAGAACAGCCUGACUUUGAAGAUGUUUCUCUUUCAAUUUGUCAACUAUUACUCCUCCUGUUUCUACAUCGCAUUUGCCAAAGGGAAGGCCGUGGGCUAUCCUGGACAGCCUGUGUAUUUACUUGGAAAAUAUCGGAAUGAAGAGUGUGAUCCUGGUGGUUGUCUCAUUGAACUGACCACUCAGUUGUCUAUCAUCAUGGGAGGUAAAGCUAUCUGGAAUAACAUCCAGGAGGUCUUGUUACCUUGGCUGAAAAACCUGUAUGCUCGUCACUGCAGCGGUCAGAGCAUCACCUCAGAUAAAGGCUGUCCUCGAUGGGAACAGGACUACCACCUCCAGGCUAAUUCCAAAUUAGGACUUUUUUAUGAGUACCUCGAAAUGGUGAUCCAGUUUGGCUUUGUUACCCUGUUUGUGGCCUCCUUCCCUCUGGCUCCGGUCCUGGCUCUUGUCAAUAACCUGUUUGAGAUCCGAGUGGAUGCCUGGAAAAUCACCACUCAGUUCCGGCGCAUGGUCCCAGAGAAGGCCAGCACCAUCGGAGCCUGGCAGCCCAUUCUCCAGGGAAUCGCUAUUCUCGCUGUGGCCACAAAUGCCAUGAUCAUUGCUUUCACGUCGGACAUGAUACCUCGUUUGGUGUACUACUGGUCCUUCUCUGUGUAUCCUUAUGGAGAAAAAGGCCGUAACACUAUGGAGGGCUACAUCAACAGCUCCCUGUCCAUUUUCAACAUCAGUGACUUCACCGAACAAAGCCGCCCUCUGAGCCCCACCAACAAUAUCACCACAUGCAGGUAUCGAGAUUUCCGGUAUCCCCCUGGGCACCCUCAGGAAUAUGAGCACACAAUUUACUAUUGGCACGUGGUAGCUGCCAAAAUGGCUUUUAUAAUUGUCGUAGAGCAUAUUGUUUACUUCACUAAGUUCAUCUUAUCCUAUUUGAUCCCUGAUGUCCCUUACGCCGUCAAAGAACAAAUGAAACGGGAGAAAUACUUGACGCAGGUUAUUCUCCAUGAGACCAACCUCAAAUUGGUGACCAAACGUUUAAAAUCUCCAGAAGAAGAAAUAACGGAAGGGACAAUUCAAAACUUGUCGGCCGAGGAGAUGGAUAGUGACUGAUUUUUUUAAGGUUUGUUACAAUACAGAGAAAUGUAUGUGAAUGUAUAUAGAUUACAGAGUGAUGCUGUGCACAUUUGCAAAAUACAUAAUGUAUAGAAUUUUGGCACUUUUUUAUACAAAAUCAAUCAAGUUCAACAUUUGUGUGUGUCUUCUCUUCAGAUAAUAGUGCAUUGCCAAAACAGUAUUCAUUGUUUUUGCCCUCCACCUCUGGACCAGUCUAGACCAGCACUUCUCAAACUUUUUACACCAAGUACUGCCUAAGAACAUAUUCAAAUCUCUGGGCACCACCAAAUCAAAAUCAGCUCAAAAUCAGAACAAUGGAGAUCUAAACUAGACAACAAAUGUGUACAACUGACUCUAGAUUAAAUAAAUACAAGAACUGUAGAGAAUCUUGCAUACCAGAAGGACAUUGUGUAUACCUCAGUUUGAGAACUACUGGUCUAGAACAUUAUUGCAACCUGUUAUGAACGAUCAUGGAAGUCAACUUCAUCUUACUAGAAUUUACUAAUUUGUGUAAUUAAUUAUGUAUUUUAAUUGAUAUUUGUAGUUUUAUAUAAGUGGUUCAUGUGAUUGUCUUUCAUGCUUAAUGACAAUGUUAACACUCCAUCUAUUUAAUACUGUAUUAAUAUAGUAUUUUAAGUCAAUAGUAAGCUCUGAUAAACUAUGUCGUCACUGUUGUGUUGUGCUGAAAUAUUUGUCUAGCUUUCAUAGUCAAAAUGAUGAGUUGAGAUCUAAAAAGCCAUAUGAACAGAUCAAGCUCACAAAUUAUGACUGAGAUGCCUGUUACACCUUUUGUUUCCGCUAUUGUAUGGUCUUUACCUAAGGAAGUCCUUUUUCAAUUUGUAUAUGGGCAUUCUGUGUUGUUCUUUCUAAGCACCUAAAUAUUGACCACUAUACAAAAUAAUGACCACUUGUUUCAGUAAACAUUUUCAAUUUGUAUUAUUCAAUCACAAUUUUAAAAUGACAGUUAUUUUUGUGGUAUUAUCAUUUGUACAAUGGUACUGUAAUUGCCACUGUAUUAUGAAAGAAUUAAUGCCAUAUUUUUGCUGAUAAAACUUUUGUAUAAAAAAAACCAAAAAAAA